AUGGCAGUCAAGGCAAUCAUCCCGUUCCUGGUGGGAGCGAUGCUGUUGACAGGAUGCUGCAAUACGUUGUUGACCAAAUACCAAGAUAUGCAGUGCGUUCGCAACUGCGAUGGCCCUGGAAAGCGAGCGAACUUCGAACAGCCUGUUAUACAGACUGUGCAGAUGUUCAUUGGCGAGAUGGGCUGCUGGCUCGUCGUCUUUGGCUUCUAUGUCACCAAUCUUAUUCGAUCUCGUUUCUCCGAAGCACCUGUGCUUUAUCAGCCGGUACAACAGGAAGAUGAAGACGACGACAGUAUACAUCGUGUCUCGCAGGAAAACGUCAAUCCUGCGAUGAAAUCUAUGCUCCCGAAUGCCGACGAUCGAGCGCCAUUAGAAGGUUGGAGAGUGAUCCUGUUAGGAUUACCAGCUUGUUGCGACAUCACAGGCACGACAUUGAUGAACGUUGGCCUCCUGUUCGUGGCCGCCAGUAUCUACCAGAUGACAAGAGGAGCGCUUGUACUGUUUGUUGGAGCUUUUAGCGUCCUUUUCUUGAAGAGAAAGUUAUAUCUAUACCAUUGGCUCUCUCUACUGGUAGUGGUAACAGGCGUGGCGCUGGUUGGUCUAGCUGGCGCAAUUAGCUCCAAGAGCAGUUCUCCUCACGAUGAUGGAAGGAAAGACUCGAAUGCCACAAGCACGGUACUGCUCAUGGCUAGGGAGCUCGCUACGCGGGCUGCUGACGAAGCUGUUCUACGCACGAUCAUUGGUGUCUGUGUCAUCGCAGCUGCACAAAUAUUCACAGCGACGCAGUUCGUUCUUGAAGAAUUUAUCCUCGAGAAGUAUGCUCUGCAGCCACUAAAGGUCGUGGCGUGGGAAGGCACCUUUGGUUUACUCGUUACACUAAUCCUUCAAGUGAUUCUACAUUUUGCUGUCGGAAACACGAGAGCUGGCCAGUACGGCUACUUCGAUGCCAAGGAAGGCUACAAAGAGGUCUUCAACAACAAGGUUAUCGCAACAACCAGUCUUUUGAUCAUGAUUUCAAUUGGUGGAUUCAACUUCUUUGGUCUGAGUGUCACGAGAAGCAUAUCAGCAACCUCGCGAUCAAUCAUUGAUACUUGUCGAACUCUCUUCAUCUGGAUUGUGUCCCUUGGUCUUGGUUGGGAAUCUUUCAAGUGGCUACAAGUCGCUGGCUUUGCAUUGCUUGUGUAUGGCACUUUCACCUUCAACGAUCUCGUGCGGCCUCCCAUCAAAGCUCUGAUCCCGAAGCGCAGGGACCAACCAGAUCUGAGCUCGAGCGGCUUGUUACCUGAGAUACCUGAAGGAGAGCUUGGUCGACAUUGA